AAUCUACAAUUACAAAUAUUUCAGAUUUCUAUCGAUGAAUGCAUUCAAAGUCUUACUCAUAUCAAGACAUGCCAUAACCCCCUGGAAAAGCCCACCUAUCUUCAAAGGUUACCCAUAGAUUUGAAUGAUGGAUGCUUCAAGGGGCACCAUUCAGUAUCUAAACUGCACUGUGAGACAGAGUUCACAGGAGUGAAAAACAAGUUCAUUGAUGCAGUUAUUGGGAACAUUAAACAAAGGUUUCCGGAAACAGAUUUCCUUUGUUAUUUUUCUUUUCUGGCUUUGAGACCUGUAACAUUUCUCGAUGAUGAUGGAUUGGCUGACUGGGGGAACUCAGAAAUAAAGAGCCUUGCUGAGUUUUAUGGCACUGAGCAGUCACACAGUUUCAAGGAUCCUGAAACUAAUUUGCAGAAAACAGUUAUCUCUGAGCCACUCAUUGACAAAGAAGAAACAAUGACGGAAUGGUUGACUCUGAAGAAAAUAGUUAAAGCCCAGCAGUAUCCCAGACCUUCCAUGGCUUCACUAUGGUCCCUCAUAUGCCAGUAUCAUUCGGAGCAGUUCCCCAACUUGAGAAGAUUAGCUGCCAUAGCUCUUGGCCACCCUAUCCAUACAGCAGACUGUGAACGCUCUUUCAGUUCGCAAAAUCUUGUAACCACUAAGUUGAGAUGUCGCCUUUCGGGUGAACAUAUUGACGAACUUAUGCGAGUCAUGUUGGAGGGACCAUGCCUUCAAAAUUUUGAUUUUGCUUCAGCCUUAACUGACUGGAGAAAUGCUAAAUGCAGAAUCAUUUUCAACAAAUAA